UGGGUUUUUGGUCUGAUAAGUGGAUUGGUGUUAAAAGUCUUAGGGAUUUGUUCCCUAGGUUAUUUGCUCUUUCUGUGAAGAAGGAUGGAAAGGUUUUUGAGAUGGGGAGUUGGGAAGAGGGUAGAUGGUGGUGGAGGAUGGAGUGGAGGAGGGAUACAAUAGGGAGAGAGAAAGAUGAGGAGGUGCGGUUGGAGAAGGUGCUGGAGGGUGUCAAACUAAAGGAGGGGGCAGGGGAUGUUUGGAAGUGGAUUCAUGCGACGGAUGGCAAAUAUGGGGUGAAGAUAGCGUAUGAUUUUCUAGCUACUUCGGAGGGUGUCUUGGAGAACCAGAUGUGUAAACUAAUAUGGUGUAGAUUGGUGCCAUCCAAAGUGGCUUUUUUUGGGUGGCGUUUAUGCUUAGAUAGACUCCCAACUAAGGAUAACUUGCAAAAACGUGGGAUAGUGUUACAGGAGGGGUUUCUCUACGAUUUCUGUAAGGGGAAGGUGGAGGAAGUAAACCAUUUAUUCUGUUUGUGUUAUAAUGCAUGGUUAGCGUGCACUCAGGUGUUGAGGUGGUGGGGUUUGGAGUCUGUUUUUCCUAAUACAGUUAGGGGAAUGGCAGAUUUUUUCAUUGGAAGUUUGGGCAGAUUAGUUGGAAAAGAGAUGGGUUCAUGUAUUUUCCUAGUGGUCGCCUGGUUUCUAUGGUAUAGUCGGAAUGUUCUAGUGUUUAGAAAAGAUGAGGGUUUGCCAGAGAACUUGAUGGAAAGGAUGCAAGUUAAAACAUUUAUAUGGAUUAAAGCCAAAGUCAAUGGCUGUGGUUUCUCUUUUUACGAAUGGCAGACUUACCCAAUGGAGUGUGCAAUGGCUGUCAAAAACCAUAAAAGGUUGCGGAAGCAGUUCUUUAAAGCUUGUGUGCCGCUGAGAUGAUGGCUAGGCGGGUCUGUUUUGUUUCAUAAAUGUAGUAUGUGGGCUUCUGUGGAUUUUUGUUUGUGAUUAGUAUGUUGUAUCAGUUGCUGGUUUUCAGGAGAUUGGCUCUCUUCUAUUGUGGUUACCAUUUUUUGUAUAUGGGCAGGAGCACCCCUUGUGCUUCAUUAAAUUAAAUUUUCUUUG